AUGUCUUCAAUAUUCGCAGCAAGAAAGGAAUUUCUGGACCAUCAGACAGAGGUCAGUGAUAAGAGCCCGAGCUCUCAAGGGGGCGUUUCGGACGUGAGCGAUUUUCAACUAAUUGAACUGACGAGGAUAGAUCAAUACUCAGUCAGUAAACUUCCUUCGCAGCCUGCAUUUUUGAGAAAUUACGCCCGUUGGGACGAAUCUGAACAUGUUUACGAAGGGACUGUUGAUUCUCAACUUGGAUAUGGACUGGUGGUGUCAAACAAAUCUGUUUAUGUUUGGAAUUAUAAUAGUAAAGAAACAGUCCCUGUAACAAUUGCAUUUGACGUGGAACAGAAAGAUGAUAUACCCUGGAAGGCAGUGCUGGUAGACUCCUUGCCAAGAAAAUUCAAUGAAAGAGCUAGUGAUCCUGGCUUAUUGCUAUUCAACAGCUCUACGGGAUUGGUGAAGUACUUCGAAGAGAUCAGUAGUUCGCCAUCUGUAGGGAUUCUAAACAACAAAAUUAUUGAACACCAACUUCCAUUAAGUGGCGAGUUUAUCACUAAAACAGAUUAUUACAAGCAGGUAGGAGUCAUUGUUUCUACUUCAAAAAGGAGAGUGUUUUUACUGCGGCUCAAAGAUUCUGCUGGCAAACCAUUUAUAUCACACAUGGAAAUACAACAUCAACAAACGUCAUUUUUGAGUGGCCUGCUUCACAGACAAACAUAUCACUCAUAUUCUAAAUUGGAAACACCGAAAAUUGUAAGCACUAAGUUACUUAAAGGGAAUCUUUCCACAAACAGCAUUGUAAUCUUAGAUUCAGAAGGUUCUCUAUCAAUUGUCGAUUGCAAUAGAGACUCCGUUUCUCAGCUGGUUGGCUUGAAUUUGAAAGACCGUUUAACUUCAUCUUUAGCUGAAGUGUAUCCUCAUGUUGGUUAUUCAUUCAAAGUCCAUGACAUUGCACAACUGGAACAGCCCAGCGAUUUUCUUAUCUUGUGUUCUUUCCACAAGGAACCAAUUACAGAUGAACGAUAUUUGAUGCUCUUGACAAUUCAAAUUCAAAAAGAUGAUAUUUUAAUCAACGCUUCGUACAAGAUCAAUUCUCAUUACAGCAAUUCCAAAGAGACCCCGACGUUAUAUAUUUCCUCAGCCAAGAACACUGCUUUUGUCGUGAGUGGAAACUCUAUUAUUUUAAUGGACCUCUUUAGUUCCAUCGAUAAGAUUACAAGACUGGAGAGGAAAUGGGAGGAUGCUGUGAACUUGAAAAAUGAGAUAUCAAUUCUUGGAACUUCUUCCAAGAAUUCAGGCCCCAGUGAUGGUAACACUUUAUAUGUUUUGACAAAACAGUCUGGAAUUCUGCAAAUAUGUAGGUUUUUGUCACAUCUUUCAGACGAAACUGAAAAUGACAAUAUCUUGGAUGGUAUGGAACUGAUAAAGUCUCACAUUGAGCAGGCUAUAUACUAUGGCGGAAUGCAAACAAAUCCCCUUAAUUUUGACAGCAACAAAUUUCGGGACGGAAAGGAAGUCGAAAAGGCAAUCAUUGAGGUUGCCGAUGAGAUACUUCUGAACACUAGCGAGUAUCUUCCACAAUUUGCUCCAGUGCUAGUCGACUACUUGAAAAAGAAGGGGGAAAUAAUGAACCGGCUGUGCCAAUUAAUUGCUGCCAUCAAAGAUAUAUCAGAUCAAGUUAAACUCAAAGUGCUUUUUGACUAUGAAAAACUCACUACUUUGACUAGUUUUUAUCAGGAAGUCUCCCAGGAUUCCAAACUCACAAAGUUACUCAUCUCAGUUAUAAACGAUAAAUAUGGCAUACAACCAGAUGAUGCUCUGAACAAAUUUGUUCUUUACCAUGCCAAUGAUGUCAUUGACGUUAUGAAAGCAGUGUUCAAGCAAUGCCCUAAUCAGACUAUCUUGAAAGUGUUUGACCCUGUAGCAUUAUCGUUUUUGAAUUUGGAGAGUGAACUGAAGUACAGCUUAUUCAAAGUAUCUCGCUAUUCAUCUGAAAUUACUUUGUCUCACCCAAUAUUUUUGAAAGAGACUGGAUUACUCCUACUGAUUGACAAGGCCCUCCAAGAUCUUCCCACUUCCAAGGAAUACCAUGACUUACUGUUUGAUGUGAGUCGUUUUCUGUAUUAUACUUUCAACGAUUUAAUUCUAUGGAAUAGAAAUGAAAAUCAAAAAAGUAUUUCCGAAGCAAUUCAAUCCAUUUUUGACCGAAAAAGAAUAGUUAACUUGCUAAUUUAUUUGCGACAGCAUUCGGAUAUUCUGGAAAUGGCUGAACAGUUUCAAGAUUUCAUAACCGUUCUAGACGUACUCGACGAUCAAAGAGAGACUAUCAACUCACAAAUCAAGUGCGACCUUACGCCAGAAAUUGAAAGGAAGCAGGCCGCACUGCUCCUAAAGUUUCACCACUUUUUUGAGACGUAUGGUUUCCAUUUUGCUAGCACGUUAUAUCAGUACUACAUUGACAAUCACAAGCCCAAGGUUGCUUUAUUAGGAUUCCCCGAGUUUGAUCAUUAUUUAGAACAAUUUUUUGAACAAAAUAGCGAUCGUUUAGGAAAGUUAGCUUGGAUCCGUGACCUGAUUUACAAAGAUUACUUUUCUGCCGCCCAAAGAUUGGUUAAUGAAGCAAGCGAAGAUCAAGACGAACCAAUGGCCCAUAAAAAGCUGCAAUUGAGUUUGGCAAAGCUUAGCAUUCUGUCCAUUGGUAACUCGACUAGCUUACUUGAGAAUUUGCUGGAAAAUAUUGACAUAAAUCUCUCCCUGAUCAAUUUGCAGGAGAUUUUAGCUGAAGAGUUAUCAAAGUUAAUCAUCUCCAAAAAAGACAUUUCGAAAUUCACUCAAUCAGUACAACCAUUAAUGAAGCAAUCAUUAGAAAAGUCAUUGGAACGUAUGUUAGAUAGAAAAUCUUUGACAAUCUCCAGCUUGCUAGAAGUUUUAACAUUGAUCGAUCCGGUAACAAACUCACUGGAGAUGAACUGUUACCACGCAUUCAAGGUUCUGGCGUUGCUUUACACGUCCAAUAGUACAGUUCCAUAUUUCCUUAAGGAGUGUGAAAACCUUGUUUGGAAAAGGCUUUUACUCAAAGAGGACUGGUCUAAACUGUCCAACACUGAAAACAAAUCAGAGUCGUACAUUAGUGAACUAUUGGAGAAAUCCAGCUUUUCCCGCAUAAUCAAAAGGUUGGUCAACCACGGCUACAUUAACACGAAGAACCCGACUGAUUCUGUCAUUAGAAGGCCAUCAGCUGAGUUAUUGGAUAGUUUAACCAAAGAGUACACUCUCAAUGAGAUAAAAGUUCUUCGAAGUGGAAAUGGAAGUGCCAAUGAGUAUGACUAUGAAGAUGAUAGUGAGGAGAAUGAAAAACUGAACGCAUUGAGAAAAGAGUACAACAAUGAGAGCGCCGAAUUGAAGGCACUUAUUGAGGAAUAUGAGAUUGCAGAUUGGAUAGAGACUGUCAUGUUUAGUCAAUAA